UUUUUGUCUUGGUACAAACUGAAAUCUCUUUAUCUUUGUGCUUGUUCAUGCUCAUUUUUGAACAAGGAAGAGAUUUGAAAGAUCAAAGGUAGAUUGAAGGGGAAGGAGUAGUUUGAAUCUGGUGCAGGGCUUUGCAACUGCAAUAGGGAGCAUUAUUUGUUCUAGUUUCUGUGUUUUGUUUCUUUGAACAUUGUUUUUUUGUUGCUGUUGUUUUUGUUUUGAUCUCCAAGAAUACGCGGUGGGAGUGUUGUUGUUGUAUUGAUCCGUUGUUGUUGGUUUUUAUGGGAACUCCACCAGCAGAGGAGCUUCUGAGGAAGAUCCAAGAGCUGGAGGAGGGUCAAGCCCAUCUCAAGAAGGAAAUGUCCAAAUUUCUUCUCUCUGGAACUUCCGCUGACUCGAACUCUGACCACCAAAUCCAGUAUCAUCAUCAUCACCAUCAGCGUUCUCAAUCGAUAUCGCCUCAGCGCUCUAGAUUUGCUGCGGCUCAGAGGAGAGGUGGCGCUGCUGGAGGUUCAGACAGCGCCGCGGCGGCGUGGAAGAAAGGCUCUUCCUCGUUUCGGCAUUCUUCUCCACUUCAGAGGGAGAGUAGGACUUGUGAACCCUCGAAUGCCGCCGCCGGAGUCGGAACCAGCGGCGGCUCUGGCCCCGCCGCCGUUAAUUUCACCAACAAACAGUAUCUCAAUAUCUUGCAGUCAAUGGGACAGUCUGUUCAUAUUUUAGACCUAAAUUAUCGCAUAAUUUACUGGAACCGAGCUGCUGAAAUCGUGUAUGGAUAUUCUGCGGCGGAGGCUCUCGGCCAGGAUGGCAUUGCGCUUCUAGUAGACUCUGAGGACUUUGCCUUUGCAAAUGAUGUAAUUCUUCGUGUUAUGGCGGGUAAGCAUUGGACUGGUCACUUCCCUGUGAAGAACAAGAUGGGGCAGAAGUUUAUAGUUGUUGCCACCGACACUCCCUUCUACGAUGAUGGUGUAUUGGUCGGGAUCAUCUGUAUAUCGAGCGACUCACGGCCAUUUCAAGAGUUGAAGAUUCCUUUAGCAGCAGGUUCUAAACAGCAGGAUGCAGAUUCAAGCAUUGUCCGAUCAAGAAGCACGGUUUCAACUAAACUUGGUCUUGAUCCUCAGCAGCCUCUGCAAGUAGCAAUUGCUUCAAAGUUAUCAAACUUGGCAUCAAAGGUAAGCAACAAAGUCAAGUCCAAAAUUCGAACUGGAGAAAACAGCUUGGAUCGUGAAGGUGGAAGCGGAGAUGGUUAUCACUCUGAUCAUGGCUUUCCAGAUGCAACUCUUCGUGACCAUCGGGAGGACGCAAAUUCAAGUGGAGCUAGCACACCUCGUGGAGAUUCCACGACGCAUGGUGAGUUUUCCCAGGUUGAAGAGCAAUUAUCUGGCAAACAGGUCAGGAAUCAUGAUGAUGAGGUUAAAGGAAAGCCUACCAUUCAGAAGAUGUUAUCCUCAAAAGCAGAAGAGUGGAUUGCUAAGAAGGGCUUAUCGUGGCCGUGGAAAGGGACCGAGCAGGAAGGAGGAUCUGAAGCAAGGGCAGGCCGUUUUGCCUGGCCUUGGUUACAAAAUGAUCAAGAAGUUGAACCAGCAAAUCAUAAGAGUUGCUCUUCAUCUGGGAGACCAGAAAUGCAGCAAAACGACGGUCAUCGAGCAGCCAAUAACGAGGCCUCGGGAUCCUGGUCAUCGUUCAAUGUUAACAGCACAAGCAGUGCCAGUAGCUGUGGAAGUACCAGUAGUAGUGCUGUCAACAAGGUCGACUCGGAAACAGACUGCUUGGAUUUUGAAAUCUUGUGGGAAGACCUUACUAUUGGAGAGCAAAUAGGGCAAGGUUCUUGUGGAACUGUCUAUCAUGCGCUGUGGUAUGGAUCAGACGUUGCCGUUAAAGUGUUCUCCAAACAAGAGUAUUCAGAUGAUGUGAUUCUCUCCUUCAGACAGGAGGUAUCCCUGAUGAAAAAACUCCGACACCCGAACAUUCUUCUCUUUAUGGGAGUUGUGACUUCGCCUCAGCGUCUUUGCAUAGUCACGGAAUUCCUCCCACGAGGAAGUUUGCUAGUCAAUUACAGGCAGCUCGUUUUGGUGGAGAUAAUAACCCUCAAAAGGAAACAUAAAACCCCAAAAGAGACUUGAAAAGGUUCUUAUAAGUGGUUGAUAGUUGGUGAGAGCAGAGCAUAGGUUUAAAGGACUUCCCCUCCCAUUAUGGUAAUGUAUGGUUUGCCAUUGGAGAAACCAAAAAGACUUCUCAGAGUGGCAGUGUCUCUUAUCAGCUGGGCCGAGCUUCAUGGUGGUGGUGGUGGUGGUGAUGGGUGGGUGGUGUCUUUUUUUUUUCUUCCCCUUCUUU